UGAAUGAUAAGCAUACCCAUUGGUGCCAUAGCGGCUGCUGGCACACCGGGAAAAUUAUAAGCCAUCUUCUUUUAAAUUCUUUACCGUUCAAUAAUAAUUCUUAGUCAAAUUAUGAACAGUAAAAGGAUAAAGAAAGUGAAUAUAUGUGUACUUGCUGAAAAUCCUAGAUCAUAUCGUUGCGAACCCUGCAUCCAAUAUGGCAGAAUGACAAAUGUAACCUUCUUAACUUCAAAGCCUAUUUAUAUACAGUUCAUUCGUUUCUUUCGUGGUUUAACUAUUUAAAUACGAAUUAUCUGUCAGCUAAAUAUGAAAGACAACGAACAUAUCAAAAUUAUUGGAACGAAUGUGAUUUUAAUACCGUACAAAGAAAAACAUGUUAAAAGAUAUCACGAAUGGAUGAAGUCGGAAGAAUUACGUUAUUUUACAGGUUCAGAGGUUUUAACGCUAGAAGAAGAAUUUGAAAUGCAAAAACGAUGGCAUCAAGAUCAGGAUAAAUGUACUUUUAUCAUUUUGGAAAAAAGCAUUUUUUCUGCAACUGCAAACGAAAUAGCUAUGAUCGGAGACACAAAUUUAUUUUUUAAUCAGUCAGAUGAAUUUAAUAGCGCGGAGGUUGAAAUUAUGAUAGCAAAUGUUGCUUGUAGAGGAAAGAAGAGAGGUUGGGAAGCAAUGAUUUUAAUGCUACUUUAUGGAAUUGAAAAAUUAAAUAUAACCAAAUAUAUGGCAAAGAUUAAGUUCAACAAUGAGAAGAGCCUAAACAUGUUUGAAAAAUUAAAAUUUUACAAGGUCGAGAAAAGUCAUAUUUUCCAAGAGUAUACUUUUGAGAAAGUUGUAGACCAACAAUGGAAGGAUUGGCUUCAUUCUAAUGUUAAAGAUACAAUUAUUUAUGAAACUUAUGAUGGAUAAUAAUUGUAUAAAUGAUUGAAAAAAUAUCAUUCGCGAUACAUUUUGUUAUAAUAUUUUUAUUAUCGCGAAUCUUAUAAAAUUCAACAGAUUUUAAAACAUUUAUUUUGUAUUUAUCAAAUAAUUUUCUGUAUCAGCAUUACUUUCAAUUGGUGUAACUGAGACGCGAUUGGUUUUGAUUAAUUCUAAGUGGUCAUAGUAGAUAAUAUGUGUCCAAUGUAAGCGUAUUCAGUACAACGUAGUUCGGUGUAUCGAAAUUUUUUCGGUCAAUAACUAGUCAAAAAUACGUUCGAUGUAAUCGAAAAUACGAGAUGUGAGUAACUAAUGGUAUAUAUAAGUUGGUAUUUUUUUCAUCUGUUGUGUUUAUAUAAAUAUUUCAAAGCAGAUUUUUCAAUGCAAUAGUUAACUGUAUCUACAUAUCUGUAUAUUCGAUAAAAGUUAUUUAUAAAAAAGUAUUUAAAUUAUAUUUUGUUUGUUGGUUAAGAGCAA